AUAUAUAUAUAUAUAUAUCUGGCGUCGUCGGAGUGUCGUGCUCUUUUUUAUUCUCUGUCGCGGGCAGCUCGGUUCGGGGGCCGCCGGCCGUAAUCGAACGCGGUGUUUCGCCGUCGAACGGAUUUUUCGCGUCGAAGAAAACAGCUCGAAUCGACAGAAGAGAGCCUCUGCUACGUUCCCUAUUCGCUCUGGCCGCUGCGUCGUUCCAUGCAGCCGCGGCACCUCGACGAGUGGAAAGGAAGCGUGAAAUUCACUCGGUGGGAGUAUCGAAGUGAUCAUUAUAUUUUCCAUUAGUGUGAAGUUGGUUUCGCGUGGUGUUUGUAUAUAUUUAUAUAUAUAUACAUAUAUAUAUAUAUAUACGCGGUGUUUGGCACACGAUCCGAGACCACAACGGCGUACACCGUAUUCCCGAAUAUGCUGUAAAUGAGCAUAUAAUAUAAAUCGACUCUGUUGUGCGAAGUUGUUGAUCGGAGAAAAGUGUGCGUCGAAUAGAAGCGUUCGCGGUAAAGCGGGAUAGAAAAUAAUAGAACGUGCGUUAAUAGUGUGGAUGUGAGUGUGACGAAGGAGAAGAACGGUUACCGUCUUUGAUCGGCCGCCCCUAAUACACGGACGAGAAAAAGCUGUCCUGCAAAAAUGAUGGGGAAGAGAACGCAGUGUUACUUGUGCGACCUGCCCAGGAUGCCUUGGGCCAUGAUCCUGGACUAUUCGGAGCCCGUGUGCCGCGGUUGCGUGAACUACGAGGGCGCCGACAGGAUAGACCUGGUCCUGGAAUCGGCGAAGCAGAUGAAGAAGGCUCACGGAUUCCAAGAGGCCAGAUCCUCGACGACCAAAGCGUACAGGACGGCCGGGCACACGGAGCACAACGGCGGCACGAACAUGGACGUUCUGCCGAUACAGAACACCGGCCAAAGCCAUUCGAGGCAUCACAACAUAGCCGGUUACUCGCAGCUCCAUCACAGAAACUCGAUCACCGAAUUUAAUUCCGGCACCGCGAGGCUGACGAUGGCGCGCCAGCACGAGGAGACUCAUGAAAUUCAAAAUGGCAUGAAGAGCAACAACGUGAGGAUCCCGAACGCCCACCUAGCCGCGGUGGCGCAUCACGUGAACCUCAGCCACAACAGGGGCAUCGCACAGCUCAAACGCGGUAUCUCCACUAUCGACGAGGACGAGCACGCGGACAAGAGGCUCUCCUUGGAGGAACAGCAUCCGGUCAGGCCGCCAUUGACCAGGGGCGAUUCCCUGCCGACCGGCCUCGCCGUCAGCUACGUGCAGGAUAGAAACAAGGAGAAACACCCGGUCAGGGCGCCCAGCUUCGAGACCGCCACCACAUUUAAGUCGAACGGAGCGUAUGUCGGCCCCUCGAUCCCACUGGCGCCGGCAAAUGUGGCGGCGAACGGCGGAGGCUCCCCUCUGCGUCCACGAACGAGCCCGCCGCCGCCCCCACCACCUGCCCAAGAAGGCUCCAAUGAUAAUCCACAAUCGAAUCACCAUCAGGGUUCGACGAACGGCCCAUCGCCGAUGGCCGCGCUCAUGUCCGUCGCCGACAAUCUCGCGUCGCCGGAAUCGGUGCCGCAACCGCCGAACAAUCCCAGUCCGACAAGCAGAAGCCCUCCAACCACGGCUACGAAUGUUCAGCAACGCAGUGCCUCGAGAACCUCGCAACACAGCCCGAACGGAUCAGGUCCAUCGGGUAGGAGGUCCAGUGGUUCAAGGCACGUAUCGUCGACGACCGUGACGACAUCGUCGGAAGGAGCUGUCGCCCAGGUAGCUGGAGCGGAACAAGUGUCCGCGCCGAUUCUGAAGUGCACCCUAUGCCAGGAACGGCUCGAGGACACGCACUUCGUUCAAUGUCCCAGCGUGCCGCACCACAAAUUCUGUUUCCCGUGCAGCCGGGAGAGCAUAAAGCGCCAGGGUGCCGGUUCAGAGGUUUACUGCCCGAGCGGAGAAAAGUGUCCACUGGCGAACAGCCAAGUGCCAUGGGCAUUCAUGCAAGGCGAGAUCGCCACCAUCUUGGGCGACGACACCACAGGCUCCGGUCUGAAAGUGAAGAAGGAGAGAGAAACUUAAGGGGAUUCUCGUCAAAUGUUUAAUCGGGGCUCAAAUUUUCCACCCUCGGUCAGGAGGGUGAAUAAUCAUGGUGGAACCGUGAAGGUCCACUGGAAAUUCUACAUUUUGGUAAUGGUGAUGAUGGAUCGAUGUUUGGCCGGUAUUGUCGGCCAGGCAUGUCUCGACUCGAGCCAAAGACGUUGUCGGUGAUUAAAUUGGAUUUUUCACGAGCGUUGUUUGAUGACGCGUUGCCCGGGGAAAGUGGACGAUUUUCGUUUCCCUGCGAUCGUUGUUGGACAGCACGGUCGAUUUUGGGGCGCGGGGGUUGUUGGCCGAUUCACGGAGGCAACGAUAAUGUUUCGGGAUCGAUCGGAUCGUUUUUUAUUUCCGAUCAAUCGUUUUUUGACGGGUCAUGAGAAGAAGUCUUUGGCAAUUUUUGCACGCUGGCGUCGUCGGUCUUUUGCGUACACGGAGGACACACACACACUCUUUACAUACAUACACACAUACACAACAAGGAUACAUAGAGAAGAAGCGGUUGUAUAUACGGAAACGAUUGUUGCGUGUAAAAGGACGCGCGGUUGACGAGCAAGGAUUCCAACGAGACGUACAUGCGGAUUUUUUGUGGUCGGUUUCUAAUACGAGUAAAACAACGUAAAAGGAACACGCGUCGCGCGGAAAGGGAGAGAUUUCGUGUCCGGUUUGGGUUUGUACUUAGGCGCCCGGUAGAGCAGCCUUUAUUUGUUUGUUGUAUCGUGAGAUAUAGAGCGCAUUCUCGCGACUCUUGUUCUUCUUUUUUUUUUCUUUUUUCGAGUACCAUGUGUAUCGCCAACGGAAACUGCGGACUACCGAGCUGCUGCAACACGUAUACAUUACAGACACAAGCACGCGAGUAUGUACACGUUACAUACACGCGUACACACAUAUACACGUAAACACGAUGCCGUAAGAGUUGUACGGUUGUAUUGUACUUUAUUUUUAGCCACGUUGUAUCGCGUGGACAUAACGCGGAUUUAACUGAAGCCGAAAACGAAAGCGCGUCCCUUCGGUGGUUUUUUGAACCGGUCGGCGCGAGGUCGUCCCCGACACGGUUCGGUCCUUUUCUAAUCUUUUAUUUGUACACUCUUUCUACUGUUACCUCUCGUGUUGUAUCAUAGAAAGAAAGGAAACACGGCGGAUCAUAUUCAGACCCAGCGCACGGGUUUUUUCUGUACAUUAUGUAUAUGUGUACAUACCACCUUAUUAAUAAAACUUACUGACUAAAAGAGUAA